AUGGAUUUAAAUUGGAUUCUGGUAUGUAUCUUUUCUCUCCUACUUUUUUAUGGGAGUGAAACAGCCGAAUACGCUUAUACUAUUGAAGUAGCGGCUGGAAGAUAUAGUUGCUUUUUUCAGACAGUUAAUAAUACUAGACACAAAUAUAUGGAAGUUGAUUAUCAGGUAGUUGACGGUAGCGAUUUAAAUAUUAAUUUUGUGAUGAAAUUCGAGAGUGUAGUUUUAUUACAAGAAGAGAGAAAAGUAGAGGGAAGUCAUAAAUUUGCCGUAAACGAUUCUGGUGAUUAUGAAUUAUGUUUUGACAACACAUUCAGCUAUCAAGCUCGAAAACUUUUGUUUUUUGAAGUCUAUUUGUUGGAUGAGGAUGGAAACUUUGAUGAAACGAACAUGGUUGAGGAAUUUGAUUCUGCAAAGCAAGAAUAUACAGGACUUGGUUUUGAAAUGCAAAAGUUUCAGUCAGCAUCGAACAGCAUAAAAAAUCGAUUGAACAAAAUUGAGUACCAUCAGUCGUUGCUGCGAGCAUAUGAAGCACGUGAUCGGGCUAUAAUGAAUGCUAACUUUGAGCGCGUAACCUUGUGGUCAGUGGUCAACUCUGUAGUUUUAAUCGCUGUUGGCUUAUUGCAGGAAUGCCGUAGGUAUUUUUUGUUUCCUCUAAGCAGUAAUUGCAAUUUGGUAAUGAUUUCGUAUAGUCUUCUAUUCAUCUUUAUUUCGGCGUAUCUAAUAACAGCAGAUGAGUUUGCUCACUCAGUGAUCAUACCGGCAGGGAAAACAGAUUGUUACGGUUUCACAAUUAGUAAUCCUAAAUAUCGAACUUUCGAAGUUGACUAUCAGGUUAUUACUGGUGGUGAGCUUGACAUAAGGUUUUUCAUUACUUCACCGAAGGGAGUGCGUAUAGUGGAUGACGCAAAGAAGAGUGAUGGGUCUCACAGAAUUGAUUUGAGUAUGGAGAAUGCGGGUUAUGGUGACUACCUGUUUUGUUUUGACAAUGAGUUUAGUAUUCAAUCUGACAAGCGAGUAUCUUUCAAAUUGUUUCUCUUGGAUGCUGACGGUCACUUUCUGGGGAAUUUCGAUCAGUCGCUCAGUGUCGAUGCGGAAGUUUUGCGUACUCUUGAUACUCAUAUUAGUAAUUUUCAGAAUGUGACAACAAAUGUUAAAAAUAACUUGAAUAUCAUCGAAAGGCUGCAAAGACAAUAUGCAACUAUAGAAUUAGCUGAUCGCGCAGCUGUUGAACACAGCUAUGAAAUGAUAAAUUUUUGGAGCGUUGUACACCUUUGUGUUAUGUUAUUUUCCCUUACUGUGCAGGUCUAUAUGGUACGUAGUCUUUUUGAGGAUGGUUCGAAAGUUGGUUAUAUUUUACGUAAAGGUGGUAAGUGA